AUGCGCCGUCGCACAGAAGGCAAGGAUAUAAAUAAAGAAAAGGUAAUUAUCAAGGAAGCUGUUGAUUAUCUGGCAGAUGCAUGGGAGAAUGUAAGCAGUGGUGUGGCAUCUGACAAACCUCUUGUUGCUUCUUUGGCAGAUGCUUUGAAUGAUUUUUGUGGCUUAGAAGAAGAAAUACUAACUGAAGAUGUUUUAAAUGAAAAUGAUAUCAUUAAAUUGAUUCAAGAGGAAAAGAAUGAAGAAAAGGAUGAUUUUAAUGAUUCUGAAGAUGAGCUGGUAUUAGUUUCUUUAGAUGAUGCAAUAAAGUCUUUACAAACUUGGGUGACUUUCUUUGAACAGCAAGAAAUGGAUGAAUUUAAAAACGAAGAUAACAAGCGAUAUCCUGGAAGUGAUUUGGAUUGUGCUCAAGUGGGACAUGUUAACGAUGCUUUGACUAGCGCUGCAGUGACGAACUUGAGGCGAAUUACAUCAAGAGACGACAGCAAUGACAGCGAAAAUAAAACAAAACCGGCCAAGCGCCCUUUACCUCAUGAUCCCGAGAUGCACCCUUUCAAGAAACGCGAUAGAAAGCAGCAACGACAACAAAAUGCAGAGGGAGAUGAAACAGAAGAGAUUGCUGAAACAGAGAGGUUACAGGAAGAAUCGGAGGAAGAAUCGGAGGAGGAAUUGGAGGAGUUCCUAGAAGUUGAUCUCGCUAGGAUAUCCAAGGAAUUGGAAAAGGAACCCUUAGUCGAGUGGAUUGUUGGCAAUAUAAAUGUUACUCAGAAAUUUCGCCAAUAUCAGCAUAAAGUGAUCAAUAAAGCGAAGUCUGACAGAUUGACGUGGGAAAACACAUACGAAAUUCUGGCAUUAGCAUCAAUUAUCGUACUCUUAUACCCAUGCCCGUAUCCUACUUUUUCAUUGCUCGAAUGGCGUGAGGUGGUUCAAACCAAUCCGUACAAAACUCAACAACCUAUAAUCCCACCACCGAUUUCAGAUGCUCUACAAGAUGCAGCGAGGAAACAUAUCUUUGACGAGGACAGCUAUCUUAAUGCCGAAAAUUCUGAACUGAGCAGGGCCGCUGCCAGCACGUUUAAUAAUCUGCGCGGUCUUCCUGAGCAGUCUCCAGUGAACUUAUCAGAAGACUUGCACUGUUACAGGCUUUUAUAUCCGUACGUGCACCCUAUAUUCCUGGACUGUUUCAAGGACUAUGAAGUCCGCCUCCCGAAUAUGAGGCAUUUAUCUUGUGUAAUUGAUGACAUUCCUCUCUUGGUCUCCGAGAUUAAGCCACUUGGAUACACUCCUUUACAAAAGGUGAAAGGCUUUAUCAAGGUGCAGCUGCAUGCAAAGAAAUCAAUAAAUAAUCAACUUAGUGCAAAGGGUGGACCGGCCAAAGCUGCGCUUUUCACGAAUAUGGGGGACGUGGUGGAAUCAUUUUUCAUGGAUCUGAGAUUUGAUGGCCUUUACCGAACAUGGCCAUUCCUCUGUACGAGGUUGGCCAUUGACAAGAUGUCCCUGUCGUUAGAGCGUGUAAGUGAAAUUGCAGAGGGCUUCAAGUCUCGCAGCGACCUGUUCACGCCGACACAAAUAGUGCAAUUUGUCCGCGAUUCUUCAAUGCUGCAAACUCAUCGUAGUUCGCGAGAAAUGUGUACAGGAGCAGUAGAGUAG